AUGCCCAGGGAGGCUGCAGAAGACACCAUGGGAAGGGCUGAGGGUGCUGCACCAGCAGAGCCUGGGGACCCCGAGAGCAGCGAGUCUGGAGCCAUCAGCCUGCGCCCCGUGGAGUCCAUCAGCGAUCUGUACUGGGCCUCGGGCGGGCACAAGGGCACAGAGGGCAAUGGGCCGGCUCCCUCCAGCAGCCUGCAGUGGCCCCCAGCUCGGCCCGUGUCCCCCGUGCCCCCGCCGCUCCUGCCCACCCUGCGCCCCGUGCCCCCCGCCAGCCCCUGCCCCUGCCUCGGCCCCGGCCACCCCCUGCUGCUGGCCCUGCUGGCGCUCCUGGCACUGUCCAGCCUGGUCCUGGCCACGCUGGCCAUCUACCUGAGUGUCCUGCAGAGCCAGUCGGUGAGGGCGCUGGCCCAGUGGCUGCAGAGCCAGGAGGACGCCGUGCACCAGCUGCGGGCAGCCAGCAGGCAGCUCUGGGCUCGCCUCAACGCCAGUGCCCAGCCGGGCGGGCACCGCUGA